AUGACAACAUUAGAGACAUCAGUUUUAAGCGACGAGCAACAGCAGUAGAUUUUGCAUAACUAAACAAGUAAUAGUAACUACAAUAACGAAGGAGCUCUGAAAGGUUAAAAUAUAUAAUAGGAUACCCCAGCUAAUGAAAACGAUCAAAAAGAGAGGAAGCGAUCACCUAGUAAUAGAAAACAUAAGAAGGAGAAGGAUCACAAGAAAAAAGACAGAAAAAGUGAGAAGGAUAGAAGAAGUCGCAGUAACUCAGAAAAAAAGAAAAGAGAUGAAAAAUCUAAAAAAAGAAGGUCUUCUUCUCGCGAUCAAAGAAAGUCAAAGAGUGACAAAGAUAGAAGUAGCUCUCGUCACCGUAGCAAAAGAGAAAAAGAUAGAAAGAAAAGCUCUAGUAGAAAGAGACAUUCAUCAAGAAGCAAGAGAGAUAAAUCAAGGAAAAGACAUGAUAGCAGCAAAAGAAAAAGAAGACAUCACUCUUCGUCUUCAUCUUCUUCUUCAUCCUCUUAAUCUUCUUCGGAUAGGUCCAGAUCUCGCAGAAGAAGACGUUCUUCAUCUUUAAAUAAAAAGAAACUGAGCGAAGCUGAACUGAGAAGACUUGAAAGAGAAAAAAGAAAUUUAGGAGAAUAUUACUCAUAGCUUAAAAAUUCAAGUAGGAGCAAGGAAAGAAAGAAAAAAAACAAAGAAAACGAUAAAUUCUGUGAUAGUAAUAAUAUGCAAGUAGACACUGAGAAAUUCUUUUAUGAUGGAUUUUAAUGGUUGCCUAGAAUAUCUAAAAAUAAUAGGCCUGAUGAAAUUACUCUAAAGCAAACAGAAAAGCAGCGUAAGAUUUAACUUCAAAAUGUUCCUCUUGAGUUAGGAUUAGAUAAAUUAGAUAUUAUAAGUUAUAUCAAUCACUUUAUGAAGGAAAAGCAUUUAGCCAAUGAUGGUAAUGACAAUCCUGUCAUAGAUUGUGAAAUAAAUGAAGAAAAUAAAACUGCAAAUAUUGAAUUUUCUUCUGUUGAGGAAACUAAUUUAAUGUAUAAACUUGGCUCAUUUUAAUUCUUUUAAACAGAAUGCAAGCUUUUCAGAAUUUGUGAUAAUCAUUUAACUUAACCAAGUGUAGCAGCUCUUACUCAGCUAGCUAUAAGAGAAGCCGAAGUCGCAGCAUAGCUUAUCAAAGUCACUGAAAAUUUAUUCUAAGACAGUGGUGAUGAUAAAAAUAAAAAUAAAAAAACUGAUUUAAUAUCUACAAUUAUUAAAGUAACUAACACAAUCAAAUUAGGAACUGAGGGCGAAUUAACUGAAGAAAAUUGGUAAGAUUUGCAUGCUGAUUUACUUGAAGAAUUUGAAAGAUAUGGCACAAUUGAAUUCCAUUUUAUUAUUAGGCCAUAUUAAGCAACUGUAGGAGCAAAAGCAGGUACUUUAUUUGUAUAGUAUGCUACUAAAGAAGCAGUAUAAUUAGCGAUUUAAACAAACUAAGGCAGAUUAUUUAAUGGAUAGAGCUUAAAAAUAUACAACAUCCCAGAAUAAGGAUUUAAUUUAAACUUUAGACCCUUGUUACAAGUUCGUUGA